AUGCCAACUCUCGAAACCUAUGAAGGGGUCUACUUAUGGCACUACGUACCCAGUCUGCCCCUUGCCCUCACUUUUACUGUCCUGUUCUGUCUUGCAACAACAGCCCACAUCUGGAAGUUACAUACAACAAAGAUCUGGUCCAACCUUCCUUUUGUUCUGGGUGGAAUCUUGGAGAUUAUUGGCUACGUCUUUAGAGCGGUAUCGACAAACUCUACGGGUGGACUGUUGCCGUACGUUAUCCAAGAUAUCUUUCUGGUCUUACCCCCAGUCUUCUUCGCCGCAACACUUUACAUGACAUACUUCCAUAUCGUCAAAGCCAUCCAUGGCGAACCUUUCUCGCCCAUUUCCAUGCGCUGGGCCACCCGGUUCUUCAUUGCGGGAGACAUCGUGUGCCUAUUGAUUCAAGGUAACGCUGCCGGGCUACUCGCCAAGUCAGAAACCACCAAGACGGGCGACUACAUCAUCAUCGCCGGGCUUAUUUUGCAAAUUCUCAUAUUUGUUUAUUUCUUGAUAUGCUGUCUGCUAUUCAAUAUGAGGUUUCGAGCCCAAGUGGGUGAAUCUCACGCCGCAGCCCAUGUCCCAUGGCAGACAUGUCUCAAUAUGCUUUACGUGACAUCGAUGGCUAUCUUGGUGCGGAAUAUCUUCCGGGUUGUCGAGUUUGCGAUGCAGUCAGUGAACGAUACUGGCUAUCUUGUCACUCACGAAUGGCCGCUGUACGCAUUUGAUGGCGCGUUGAUGUUGUCAGUGAUGGUCCUGUUCUUUUUUGGUACCCAAAUCAACUUCUCGCUAUAUUGA